CUCUCCCUCCUUCCUCUCACUCUUUCUCUCACUCCCCCGGUCUGGGCUUCUCUUUCGUGCCCAAAGCUGUGUGAUCUCUCUGGGAAUGUGGCGCUCUCUGGCUCUGCUUCUGCUUGGAUUCUCAGCACUGGUGCAGGUCUCUGUGCAGGGCCCUUACCAGAGGUCUCUGCUGAAGAGCCUGCUGAAGGACUAUAACCGCAUGGAGCGGCCGGUGGCCAACGACUCCCUGCCUCUGACCGUGGUGCUGUCCAUGAGCCUGGUACAGAUUAUGGACGUGGAUGAGAAGAACCAGGUCCUCACCACCAACAUAUGGGUAAAUAUGAAAUGGUUCGACCACUACCUAAAGUGGAACCAGACGGAGUAUCCAGGUGUGAAGAACCUGAGGUUCACCACAGAUCAGGUGUGGACGCCUGACAUCCUGCUCUAUAACAGUGCCGAUGAUAAAUUCGACUCCAUGUUUAAGACCAACGUGCUCUGCAACUCCAGCGGCUUCUGUGAAUACCUGCCACCAGGAAUUUUCAUGAGCACCUGUAAUGUCGACGUGCGCUGGUUCCCCUUCGACAUCCAGAAGUGCGAGCUCAAGUUCGGCUCGUGGACGUUCGACGGCUGGCUGCUGGACCUGCAGAUGACUGACGCCGACAUCUCCGGAUACAUGCCCAACGGGGAGUGGGACCUUGUGGGCGUACCGGGCACCAGGAACGAGGUGUUCUACGACUGCUGUAAGGAGCCGUAUCCGGACGUAACGUUCGUAGUGACCAUCCGGCGGCGGACGCUCUACUACGCCCUGAACCUGCUCAUCCCCUGCAUGCUCCUCUCCUCCAUGACCCUGCUGACCUUCCUGCUGCCCGCCGACUCUGGGGAGAAGAUCUCUCUGGGUAUCACGGUCCUUCUCUCCCUGACCGUCUUCAUGCUCUUGGUGGCAGAGAUUAUGCCAGCCACUUCAGACUCCAUUCCUUUAAUAGGGCAGUACUUUGCCAGUAUAAUGAUCAUUGUGGGGAUGUCAGUCAUCGCUACCACGGUGGUUCUGCAGUAUCACCAUCAUGACCCGACUGGAGGCACCAUGCCCAAGUGGGUGCAGCUGGUGCUGCUGCAGUGGGUGGCGUGGUUCCUGCGUAUGAAGCGUCCGGGCGAGGGCGACGACAUCGAGCGCCCGCCGUGUGCCCCCCACCUCCGCCGCUGCUCCUCGGGCUCCCAGAGCGGCAGCCUGCCCAACGCGGCGGCGCCCAGCCUCUCGGCCACCGCCGCUGACCUACACCACCACCAGCACAACCACAACCACACGCUCCACCACCACCACCACCACUCCCCGCACCCGCUCCUGCCGCUGCACCCCCAGAACCUCCUGGUGGGGGCGCCGUCGCACAUGCACGCCCAGAACAGCACCAACAACAACGCCGGCCUGCUCUACAUCGGCUUCCCCAGCCUGGACGACCCAGCCUCCUCGCCCCCGCUCACUGAGCCCCUCGCCAGGGGCGGGGUCCCCACCGGGCCGCGGGUCGGAGGUGGUGGGGGGAGCGCUGGGACCACCGUGGGUGGCGGCGGCGGUGGCGGAGGAGGGGGGGUCCCCCAGAGCGCCGCCCCGGGGGGCAACAACAACAACACGGCGGCCAGCCCGCCUCCGCAUCUCCCCUCGCAGUUCUGCGGCCCCCCGGCGGCCGCGCCGAGCCUGGAGACCCCCGGCUGCGCUAGCAGCGCGUCCAGCAGCGGGGUGGGCGGAGGCGGGGGGGCAGGGGGAGGGGGCUGCUCGUGCUCGGGGGCCAGCGGCGCCGGCGGCGACCCCCAGCUGCAGGCCAUCCUGGACGAGGUGCGCUACAUGGCCGACCACUUCCGCACGCAGGACGAGAACGAGAGCGUGGCAGACCAGUGGAAGUUCGCCGGCGCGGUCAUCGACCGCCUCUGCCUGGUGGCCUUCAGCGUUUUCAACAUCAUCUGCACCAUCUCCAUCCUCAUGUCCGCGCCCAACUUCGUGGAGGCCGUUUCCAAGGACUUCAUCUGAAGACAGACGACGGACAAACAGGAAGAGGCAAGUGGGGAACGAGACGCAGGGGGAGGGGGAGGAAGAGGAGGAAGAGGAGGAGUAGAACAAGAGGAAGGACAAAAGGGGCAAAUACAAAGGAGUACGGGGGCUACAGGCUGUAAUGGUACACGACAGACACGGAGGCUAGCAUAGUGCAAAAGCCAUCUUCUGAAACCACAGGAGGAGAGGGCUUGAGGAGGUCCUGCUGUAGGUCAGUCCAUGCGGAGCUCUGCUAUGAUGAACUCUAACGCUCUGAUGUCCGCCAACAGACGAGGAGAGAGGAGCAGAGCAGAGCGUGGAGCACUUGUGAGUGGUUCUCACUGUCCGUGCUCUCUGACAUUAGCCAUUCGGUUUUUACAGUAACACAACACACACACACACACACACACGCACACACGCACACACACACACACACACACCACACACACACACACAUAUAAUGACUACAGACACUCUUCUACUGACCAGCCUUUGUUUGCACUCAGACGGAUGGAUGUGUUCAAUGACUCAAGAAUUAUCAUUCUAUUAAGCCUUGCGAAAUGGAGUGGGAAACCCCAGGGCCAUUAUUACCAUCAUCAUCAUCAUCAUCAUCAUCAUCAUCAUCAUCAUCAUCAUCACCAUCAUCAUCAUAAGAUCAUUAUCAUCAUCAUCAUCUUCAUUGUCAUCAUCAUUAACCACAAAUCAUGCGGCUGCUUUUGCUAAAGCAGAGAGGGAGCAGUGUUUAGCUUGGGCUGAAGAAAGCAGAAGUCAGAGAGAGACGCACAAACAAGAGUAGGACAGAGAGAGAGAGAAAGAUAGAGGGAAGAAAGAGAGGAAUAGAAAAACAGAGAGAGAGAGAGAGAGCAGAACAGAAAGACAGACAGAGAGACAGAGAGAGAAAGAGAGAGGGUACAAUGGCUGGAUGAAUGGGAGCAUUGGGGCUAACAGAGAUGUCCAUACGACAUAUACGACAGUGGGUGGUAUCGAUUGGACACACACACACACACACACACACACACACACACACACACACACACACACACACACACACACACACACAGAUGGAGGAAAGAGGGCAAAUGAGGCUGAGCAUGUCUCCCACCUGGACAACGAUAAGGAUGGAUGGAGAGAUAACAGAAGAAAAAGAGGGGAGAGAUGAAUGAGAACGGAGAGAUGAAUGAGAUGGGAACAGAGAUGGAGAAGAGAGAUAG